AUGGCGCCGAGCAAGCUCCGGCAGGCGCUGGGCGCGGCGAAGGACCAGACGAGCAUCGCGCUCGCCAGGGCGGGCGGCGCGGACGAGGCGUCGGCUGACCUGGUGGUGGCGAUUGUCAGGGCCACGGUGCACGGCGAGGGCGUCCCCACCGACGAGCGCCACGUCCAGGAGAUUAUCACGCUGACGCGCUACUCCCGGGCGCGCGUGGCGGCCUGCGUGGCCUCGGUGUCGCGCCGGCUCGGGCGGACGCGCGCCUGGCACGUCGCGCUCAAAGCGCUGGCGCUCGUGCACCGCCUGCUAGCGGACGGCGACCCGGCGUACGAGCAGGAGGUGUUCCUCGCCACGCGCAGGGGAAGGCGCAUGCUCGACAUGUCCCGAUUCGGGGAUCACGACUGCGCGCGCUCCCGCGCCUGGGACUUCUCCGCGUUCGUGCGCGCAUACGCUGGGUACCUCGACGACCGGCUCAAGCACCGGAUGCAGGGCCGCGGGGUAGGCGUGGCAAGCCCGAGCAAAUGGCGCCUAGAUGGCGGUCGCGACAGCUUCCACGACACCGACGUGACAUACGAGGUGGACGAGGCAUGGGCGCUCGUGCCGAGGGACAGGCCAGCGACAGAGACAGCAACGGAGGAUCUCAUCGCGAGUGCGCAGCAGCUGAGACACCUCCUCGACCGGUUCAUCGCGUGCCGGCCCAGGGGGAAGGCGAGGACGAACCGGGUGGUGUGCGCGGCGCUGUACAUGCUGGUGAAGGAGAGCGUGGUGAUGUACUGCGAGCUCACCGAGGUGAUGGCCGUGCUCAUCGACCGUUUCGCCGAGCUGGAGACUCCCGGCUGCGUGCGCGUCCACUCCAUCUUCACCAGCCUCGCGAAGCUAGUCGACGAGCUCGACGACUUCUACUCGUGGUGCAAGGCAACCGCCGUCUGCCGCCCGUCGGACGUCCCCGCGCUAGAACGCGUCAAGCAGAAGAAGCUGGACCUCAUGGACGAGUUCAUCCGCGGCCGGCAAGCGUUGGCAUCGCAGAAGAGCCACUCACCAGCGGUGCCGCUCAGCCCGCAGUCUCCCGGCGUCAAGAAAUACGGCAACAAAGCCGGCAAGGUGGCGCCAGCUGAGUCUGCUGGUUCACUCGUUGCGGUCGACGACAAGAUGGCCGACUUCUUGAACUUGGACGAAGACACGUCGCCACCGUCCGCGUCCGGCAAGGAGCAUGGGCAGAAGCUGGCAUUGGCACUGUUCGACGGUAACUCGGCGGAAGCGUCGCCGAAAUGGGUGGUGUUUGAGGAUUCAUCUGCAGACUGGGAGACGUCGCCGGUCCAGUCGUCAAGCAGCAGCGCGGCGACGCGGCCGCCUGGCGCGACGGCGCUUGCACUGCCACCACCGCCUGGGGCCAGCUCCGCCGCCGCCGCAUGGGCUGAUCCAUUCGCAGCGUCACUGGCAAUGCCUGCGCCGACGUACGUUCAGAUGACGGAUUUGCAGACGAGGCAGAGGCUCCUCGUCGAGGAGCAGAUGGCAUGGCAGCAGUAUGAAAGGCAAAGGGCAGCCUGGAGUUACAUUAAUCUGUUGUAA